UUGGGCGCGCGCUCCUCCAAUGACAGCGCAUCAGACUCAACUGCUGAAAACAAACGGGAGCAACUCCAGGAUCGCACGGGGACUUUAAUUACACCUUUCCUAAGUGGAAUUUACCGUUACGCACAGUGCGUAAAGCGCGCUUUGUGCGUAAAAGAGAAGCCGCGGUGCCGUGUGCAGUUUGAUGUGAGUUUUGUCCUGGUAUAUUUGGAUUUUCAUCCGAACUUCAAUACAAAAUGUUGAAAAUGUCAGAGGAUCAUGACAAGUGUCUGAGUGAGCAGCCGUGCAGUCCCACCGGCUCAAACAGCUCGCUGUCCCAGGAUGAGUCUGACUCCGAUGCGCCGUCCUCUCCCGCGGGCUCGGACAGCCAGGGCUCUCUGCACGGGGGCAUGGGGAAGAAGUUGGACGUGGAGGACGAUGAGCGCUUUCCGGCGUGCAUCAGGGACGCCGUGUCUCAGGUUCUCAAAGGAUAUGACUGGUCUCUGGUGCCCAUGCCCGUGCGAGGGAACGGCUCAAUGAAGAACAAGCCGCACGUCAAGAGACCCAUGAAUGCCUUCAUGGUGUGGGCUCAGGCUGCGCGCAGGAAACUGGCCGAUCAGUACCCGCAUCUUCACAACGCGGAGCUCAGCAAGACUCUCGGCAAACUAUGGCGUUUGCUGUCAGAGAGUGAAAAGAGGCCAUUUGUUGAUGAGGCAGAGCGGCUGCGGGUUCAGCAUAAGAAAGACCAUCCCGAUUACAAGUACCAGCCCCGCAGAAGGAAGAACCUGAAGCCUGGUCAGAGCGACUCAGACGCUGGAGCAGAGCUGCAUCACAUGUAUAAGGCAGAGCCAGGCAUGGGGCUGGGCAGCCUCACAGACGGACAUCACCAUGUGGAGCACACAGGGCAGCCUCAUGGACCUCCCACACCCCCCACUACACCCAAAACAGACCUGCACCAUGGAGUAAAGUCAGACCUGAAGCAUGAGGGCCGCCGCCUGGUGGAGCGGCAGAACAUCGACUUCAGUAACGUGGACAUCUCUGAGCUCAGCACUGAUGUCAUCAGUAACAUGGAGACCUUUGACGUGCAUGAGUUUGACCAGUACCUGCCCCUAAAUGGCCAUGCUGUGGCCGCCGCUCUCCCCUCAGACCACAGUCAGUCUGCAGGGGGCGCUCCGUACAGUUCCUCUUAUGGUAAUGCCUCACAGUGGAGCCGUAAGAGCACCAUGCCCUCUGCCCCAUCAGCGGGCGAUGCAGGACAGCAUCGGCUGCACAUAAAAACAGAGCAGCUUAGUCCCAGUCAUUACAGUGAGCACUCUCCCUCUCACUCAGAGUUCUCCUACAGCAGUCAGGCCUCUGGCUCCUCCAGUGCCUCUGCUGCCUCUGCCUCUUUCUCCAGCUCUCAGUGUGACUAUACUGACCUGCAAAGCUCCAACUACUACAACCCGUACUCUGGAUACCCUUCCACUUUGUACCAGUACCCGUACUUCCACUCCUCCAGGAGGCCCUAUAGCAGCCCCAUCCUCAACAGCCUGUCUAUGGCCCCCACCCACAGCCCCACAGCCUCCAGCUGGGAGCAGCCCGUCUACACCACUCUGUCCCGGCCUUAAGGGUCACAACCAGCACUCACUGACAUCAAUGCACUACUAAUGAAGGAGCAGACAAUGGUGGUAGGCCGUGAACUCUCUACAAGUGCCUGCUGAUUUUAUACAGAGUUCUAUGAACAAUGUUGAGCCAGACUCCUCCAUGAGGACAUGUCUCCUACAUCCACCAGAGCGGAGCUACAGGAAACAGCAGUAUGUGGACCAGCUUGACUUGUCUGCACUUAGGCAGAGGGACAGCCAUACAAUGGACAUGCUAUGGACAAUGCCAUUUUCCAUUAAGUUCUAUGGUACACUAAUGACCAUUUGCUUCCUGUCUUAACUAAAUUGCUCAUAAUAAUUUUGCAGUGACAUUUUGGCAUAAAAGUCUUAAGUUUUCUGUUCUUGUUUUUACUACACAGAUACAUAUAAUGUGGGUUUAAUUAUUUACAAUUAUGGUUUAUCAGAAAACAAGCUAAUGAUGGGCAGUACGCAUCAUUCCGACUUUUCGAAACAUCUCCAUUCCAUGUUGCAAGUGAACAGAGUAGGACCAAUGGACGUGCACAGGACAAAACAGGUGUCUGACAGCUAUGCUUGGCAAAUUGCGAUUAGUCAUGAUGUGGGGUUAAAGGAAAUGGGGUAAAGUAACACCAGAGUGUGUGAGUGACAUGUCAGCUGGACCUCCUGUACAUGUACACACUCUAUAUGAGAAUAUACAUACAUCUAUACUCAAAGUGUGACGUGCCCUCUGUCUGCAGAUUGAUGACCUAAUCCUCACACAUGAUACUUGGACUGUAUCUGUUUACUAUGUGAUGUUACUGAGCACCAGAAACGUAAAGGCUACGUCUAUGAGAUUGUGUCAUUAACCAUCAAGUGCCAAUUUAAUGUUGCAGUCUUGCACAAGACAUCUGUGCCUUCGACCACACAUUGUCAGUAUUGAAAAAUGUAUUUACUGUCAGCGCACAAUCGGUAACCCACAACAGAACUCUGGACUUAUUUUGAUAUCUUUAUCACAUUGGCUUUUAAUAUUCUGUGAAUUAGGUAAAAUUUCUAUCCACAAAUACUGUCUUAUCUGUUUGUAUAAUAUUAUUGUAAAUUUAAGAGGCUGUGAAAAUUAUUGCUGUUGUAUUAACAUGCAUUCACAUGUGCACAUCUAACCCAUUUGCUGUCGAUUUUUUAAAUAAAUAUGUUUUUCUUGAAA